GUGACCUUUAAUUACCCACCCGGAAAAGUGAUCGUGAAUGCCUCAUACUCUGUCUUCUCUACAAACACUUUGCUCUGGUGUGUUAGGAGAUGCAAGUUUCAAAGAAAAUGUUUAUCUGUGAACUUUGAUUCCACAGAGAGAAAAUGUUUUCUAAACUAUAAAGAUCACCUGACUCCCGGAGCACAGCUGGGGACCUCCAGUCACGUUCGAUCUUACGACGUUGGUGUUUGGAAUGAUGAUGACAUGUACAUGGGGAGCUGUAGUAACCACAGUUGUAGGUUCGAUUUGAUCUGUGAACAAGGAAGUGAUCCCACUGUUCCUUACACGUGUAUACAAGACACACAAUGUCAGUGGAGCGAUGGCUGUUCAGGUUGCAUCCAAGACAAUGGACAGAAGAUCCAACCUAACACUCAGGACUUUACACCUAUCGGCUGCUACCACGCUGCUGGAGCUAACACUGGUUUUCAGAGUUCUGUUAAUAUGAGGCCUCAGAUCAACUGGUAUGACAUUGGCGCUUCAAUUCGGGCCUGUGCUCUAGAAGCCAGAAACAGAAUGUUACAGUACUUUGGUAUUGAGUUUUACGGGGAGUGCUUCAUGAGAAAUGAUACACUGGAUGUGUCAUACGCACUGGUUUCUAAGAACAAGUGCUCCGAGAAAUGUGCAUUUGGUGUUGGAGCGGCUGAUGUUAUUUUCUUUUACCAGCUUAUUUGAAAAUGAGAAAUCAGAAAUUGUUUCGACUGAUUUUAUUCAGUGUCAGAUAUUUGUUUAAUUGUACUUAUCGAACUUUUGUAGCAAAUUAAGUUAGACAGCAUUACUGGUUAAUGUGAUAUGUGAGGCAACAUUUCAUUACUAAGAAAUGUAUAUUGAAAAUCUCUUCAUAGUGCAUCGAAUUACUACCUGAACUGAAUAAACAUAGUAAACCAUUUGCCCUUUUUAGAAGAAACAUUAUAAAUAUCUUUUUAAA